AUGUUUACAAGAAAAGACCAGUUGAUUAAACGAACCGGUGAAGCAGGAAUUGGUAGAUAUGACUUUCUAAGACAGCUUAUCAACGAAUAUACAACAACAAAAUCAUAUGAAAAUAAGAAACAAACUUUGGCAAAUUUAGCAAAUUUUGCUUAUGAUCCAAUAAACUACGAUUUUAUCAAGCAGCUACAUCUAAUAGAUUUGUUUCUGUCUGAAUUAUCAAAUGAUGAUGAGGAAUUAACACAUUUUGCAUUAGCUGGACUCUGUAAUGUAUGUUGUGAUCCAGAAAGCCAAGCGUACAUCAUAACCUUAAACGGAAUCAAACUGAUUUCAAAUUAUUUACUCCACAAAAACGAAGAAAUAUCAUUAAAUGCAUUAACAACGCUUUAUUAUUUGUUUGAAACAAGAAAUCAAUUAAUACCACCUGAAUUAAAAUCCACUGUGAUUCAAUACGAGGCAAGCGAUAAUCCAAGGCUAAAAAAUUUAGGAACACUAUUUGCUAAUACAUAUUUUCAUUGA